GCAUACAACAUUAUUCGUUCCCCAGUCCCCAAUAGCACUGUGGACAGUGUUGAUCGAUAUUUUAACGCAACGUGUGGAAGCGACUUCAUAAGUACGUUUUUGGACCCUCCAGCGCCUCCUCAUUCGUGACACUUUCUCAUCUACCUUGCACCCCCCGCCCUCGUACGUGUGCUUACUCGACGCAAUCCCCUCCUUUUCCCGUGCUGUAGGAGCCGGAGAACCAGCGAACAUCGUGGUUGCUACCGGGACUUUGGCAACACCCAAACCGAGUAGCUCAUCACCUGGCGCAGCAAUUGCCCUUCGUGCCCCGAUCUCCAUUACUGGUAUUAGCGCUGGCUCUCUAGGAGCUGGCCUUGGUAUCUUUAUUCUUGGAUUCGCUUGGACUUUAGUAGCCUGAUUUUGGGUGGUGAUGAUGUUCUUGUGCGGAAGCACCUGGACCUUUACUCAUGGACUCUACCAUAAAAUACAUGCUUUCCUUGCAGUGUUGGGUCUUGUUGUGAGCUCAGCGCUGUUACCGAUGCUUCGCUCAAACGUCCUGCGAAAUCUGUCAUACUUUCCUGUUCCCAGACUUGAACUAUUAAAUGCCCUAAUUCUUGCAAACCCCCAAGACCGCUCGUCAUGCAUAAUUCAUUGGGAGCUCCUGACCGCCGAGAUCGAAAUGCGACGCCAUACGUCGGUACAUUUCAAGGGGCUGGUUAUCGGUUAGAAGACAAUGCCUCAACGAUCUAAGUGGGACGGGUAAUUCUAUUGUUGUAAGCAGUGCUAUGACGCUUCAUUGUCAUGUAUCGCAAGGCAACUCACACAACCUCGAAGUAUCCCACCCGUCUCUGAAACCAUCUUACAAGGGGUGGCCACCCUCCCCG